AAUAAGAAAAUCUUUAAAUUGGGUAUACAUUCUUGAUCCAACAACACACUACAAAAUCCUUCAAUUGCUUCGCAUCAUACUCUUCUUCAUCAAUUUCUGUUAGCCAAAUUCAUCAUCUCCUUCCACCCAAAAAGGGACAAAUAUAAUAGAAGAAGAUAGUUUCUAUAAGCUUGUUUAGCAACUAUACAUCUUUAGGCAGUAAGCCAUGGGUCCAGCAUUCUAUGCUUUUCGCAGCUAUGGUUUCUGGGUUUGUUUACAUUUUCUACUGCUAUUGGUUAUCUCAACUGUGGCUGAUUCAGGGCAAAUUGUGGAGAGUCUACCAGGCUAUCCUGGUAAACUCCCAUUUACGCUUGAAACAGGAUACGUGGGUGUGGGAGAUUUGGAGGAAGUGCAACUAUUCUACUACUUCGUUGAGUCAGACAGGGAUCCUGUAAGGGACCCUCUCUUGCUUUGGCUCACAGGUGGUCCUGGUUGCUCUGCUUUCUCUGGCCUAGUUUAUGAAAUUGGUCCGCUAAAUUUUGAUUUUGAUGCUUUCAAUGGAAGUUUGCCAUCACUUGUACUAAAUCAAUACACAUGGACAAAGGUUGCAAAUAUUAUAUUUUUGGAUUCACCAGUUGGCACUGGAUUUUCCUACUCAAAAAGCCAAGAAAGUUAUUAUACCUCUGACACAUUAUCGUCAAAGGCAAUUUAUGAGUUUCUUAGGAAGUGGAUAACAAAUCAUCCCAAAUUCAUCAAUAAUCCACUUUAUAUCGCUGGUGAUUCUUAUUCUGGCAUGAUUGUUCCCACCGUUACUGUAGAAGUAGCAGAAGGAAACAGGGCUAAACACAAGCCAUACUUGAAUCUCCAGGGAUACAUCCUUGGUAAUCCAGUAACAGAUUUGCAUAAUGAUGAGAAUUCCAGAGUUGAAUAUUUCUACAGGUUGGGACUUAUAUCGAGUGAACUGUUUAAGGCAGCCAAAACAUACUGUGUUGGAGAAUAUAUAUCACCCAAUGCAAGCAAUGCUGAAUGUAUGAAUACUAUACAACAUAUUGCAGAGUGCACUAUAAAAGUAUGUGAUGCCCAAAUAUUGGAACCAAAAUGCAGUUUUGCAUCACCAAAACCAAUGGGCUUGAAGUGGGGACGCAAAUUUUUCGAUGACACUCCUAUAGACAUUGCUUUAUCAUCGCAGCAAGGCCCUGACAAUUGGUGCCGAAAUUCAAAUUAUGUACUCUCUUACAUCUGGGCAAAUGAUGAAGGCGUGCAGCAUGCUCUUCACGUUCGAAAUGAUACCAUAACAGAUUGGAUGAGGUGUAACAAAACCCUGGCUUAUGAUUAUGACAUAUUGAGUACUGUCUUUUACCAUAAAGAACUCAUCAUGACUGGCUAUCGAGCUCUGGUAUACAGUGGUGACCAUGACAUGCUAAUUCCUUACACUGGUACAGUAGCAUGGAUUUACACUCUUAAUUUAACCGUUGUUGAUGAUUGGAGACCUUGGUUUGUUGAGGGCCAAAUAGCGGGAUUCACACAGAAAUAUGCUCACAAAGUUGGAGACGGUUUGGUCUUUAUCACUGUAAAGGCAAGUAAACAUUAUUGGCAAGUGAUUACGCAGUCAGAAUGUGAACAUAAGGUAACUUCUUUUUUUUUUUUUUUGGCUCUUUACAGGGAGGGGGUCAUACAGCUCCAGAGUACAAGCCUAAGGAGUGUCUAGCAAUGGUUGAUAGGUGGUUAUCUUAUUAUCUCCUGUGAGAAAGCUUGGAGUUGGGAUAGCUUAUUAAAAUUUGAAGCAGCUUAUUAAAAUUUGAAGCUCCUGUUACUUUGUAGACAAAAUUGGUGCCAAUUAUUCAACAAGCUUAUACGAUGCAUGAAAAGCAUUUAGCUAUUUUUCUUGUCGUUAAAUCUCUCUCCUUUCUAUGUUUUUUCUCCAUCAACAACCAUUAAUUAUGUAUUUUUAUUUGUAAAAGAAUUAACAAGUCAAUAAAUUAACUUAAAA